CCGGCCGCCGCCAUUAGAGGAGCGCGGGCAGAGCCUCCCCCCCCCCCCCGCCGCGCCGAGUGGGAGCGCCCGCGGCCGCGGCAGCCGCGGCGCCUCGGGAGAGACCAUGUCGUGAGCGGGGGGGGAGCGCGGGAGGGGGGGGGGGCGGCGCGGGGCGCAGGCGGCUCCCAGUGCUCCGAGCGUGUUCCUGAGGGACUGAGGGACGGAUCCCGGCGGAGAGGAAUAGUUAUCUGCUUAGUCUCAUCCUUCGUAUUCGGCAAUCUGAAGAAAAGGUCUGAGCCAGCAUGAAGACAGAAUCCCCUCUCCAUUAGAGAAAAACUUUCUGCUCGCCGCAGUUCAUUUCAAGGAGUGCACGAUGACAGAGCGUGGAAUUAAAUGGGCCUGUGAGUAUUGUACAUAUGAGAAUUGGCCUUCUGCAAUCAAGUGCACCAUGUGUCGUGCCCAGAGACCCAGUGGAACAAUUAUCACAGAAGAUCCUUUCAAAAGUGGCUCCAGUGAUAUCGGGAGGGACUGGGAUCCUACGAGCACUGAAGGAGGGAGCAGUCCUUUGAUCUGCCCGGAUUCCAGUGCAAGACCAAGGGUUAAAUCAUCCUACAGUACGGAAAGUGCAAAUAAAUGGUCGUGCCACAUGUGCACGUACUUGAACUGGCCAAGAGCUAUAAGGUGUACCCAGUGCUUGUCUCAGCGCAGGACCCGGAGCCCCACGGAGUCCCCUCAGUCCUCGGGCUCCGGCUCCAGGCCGGUCCCUUUUUCCGUGGAUCCGUGUGAGGAAUACAAUGACCGAAAUAAACUGAACACAAGGGCUCAGCACUGGACUUGUUCUGUUUGUACAUAUGAAAACUGGGCCAAGGCCAGGAAAUGUGUUGUGUGUGACCACCCCAGACCCAACAACAUUGAAGCAAUAGAACUGGCUGACACAGAAGAGGCUUCUUCCAUCAUAAAUGAGCAAGACAGGGCUCGGUGGAGAGGCAGCUCUAGUAGUGGUAAUAGCCAAAGAAGAUCUCCACCAACAACCAAACGUGAAUCUGAUGUGAAAAUGGACUUCCAAAGAAUUGAAUUGGCUGGAGCUGUUGGCAGCAAGGAGGAGCUUGAAGUUGACUUCAAAAAACUAAAGCAAAUAAAAAAUAGAAUGAAAAAGACUGACUGGCUGUUCCUAAAUGCUUGUGUGGGAGUUGUGGAAGGUGAUUUGGCUGCUGUGGAAGCCUACAAGUCAUCCGGAGGGGACAUUGCCCGGCAGCUGACGGCGGACGAGGUGCGGCUGCUGAACCGCCCGUCCGCCUUUGACGUGGGCUACACCCUCGUGCACCUGGCCAUCCGCUUCCAGAGGCAGGACAUGCUGGCCAUCCUCCUCACUGAGGUGUCCCAGCAUGCAGCCAAGUGCAUUCCUGCCAUGGUGUGUCCAGAGGUCACGGAGCAGAUCCGCCGUGAAAUUGCUGCAUCUCUGCAUCAGCGCAAGGGAGACUUUGCUUGCUAUUUUCUGACUGACCUCGUGACGUUUACGUUGCCUGCAGAUAUUGAAGAUUUACCGCCCACAGUCCAGGAAAAAUUAUUUGAUGAAGUACUUGACAGAGAUGUUCAGAAAGAGCUGGAGGAGGAGUCUCCCAUCAUUAACUGGUCCCUGGAGCUGGGGACACGCCUGGACAGCAGGCUGUACGCACUUUGGAACCGCACGGCCGGGGACUGCCUGCUGGACUCCGUGCUCCAGGCCACCUGGGGCAUCUACGACAAGGACUCCGUGCUGCGCAAGGCUCUGCACGACAGUUUACACGACUGCUCCCACUGGUUCUACACACGCUGGAAAGAGUGGGAAUCGUGGUAUUCCCAAAGCUUCGGUUUACAUUUCUCCUUGCGAGAGGAACAGUGGCAGGAAGAUUGGGCAUUCAUUCUCUCUCUUGCAAGCCAGCCUGGAGCGAGUUUGGAGCAGACACACAUUUUUGUACUUGCACAUAUUCUUAGAAGACCAAUUAUAGUUUAUGGAGUAAAAUAUUACAAGAGUUUUCGGGGAGAAACAUUAGGAUAUACCCGCUUCCAAGGUGUGUAUUUGCCUUUGUUAUGGGAACAGAGUUUUUGUUGGAAAAGUCCCAUAGCUCUGGGCUACACGAGGGGCCAUUUCUCCGCCCUGGUUGCCAUGGAGAAUGACGGCUAUGGCAAUCGAGGCGCUGGUGCUAAUUUGAACACUGACGAUGAUGUUACUGUUACUUUUCUACCCUUGGUGGACAGCGAGAGGAAAUUAUUGCACAUUCACUUCCUUUCUGCUCAAGAGAUAGGCAACGAGGAGCAGCAGGAGAAGCUGCUGCGGGAGUGGCUGGACUGCUGCGUGACCGAGGGAGGGGUCCUGGUGGCCAUGCAGAAGAGCUCCCGCCGGCGCAACCACCCGCUGGUCACCCAGAUGGUGGAGAAGUGGCUGGACCGCUACCGCCAGAUCCGGCCCUGCACGUCCCUGUCCGACGGCGAGGAGGACGAGGAUGACGACGAUGAGUGAGGGGGAAUAAAGUGCAAAUGAGCAGCGCAGAGUGUGUGCCCCCGAGUGAGCGUUGUGCUGUAGCAGUUGGGUGUGGAGCGACCCAGGUCUAGGGGAUACAUGCUGGGAAGGAUUCUCCGACAGCACGGGGAGAGGAUGGAACGCUCAUCCUGCUGCCCGGAGAGAGCCGAGUGGGCUGGACUACAGUUUGUAUAAAAACAC